AUGGAAAUAAAAUCCAAUUAUGGAUCGACUAAGAAUUCAUUUGAGAAUGAUAAUAUUUUAACACGUUUACAGACAGAACUAAAAUUGAUCAUUUUCAGAGUAUUCUACCUUAUUCUAAAGGAUGAAGAAUAGUCAAUUGCAAUUCAAAUCUUUCUGUAAGUCAUUUCCCUUUUUUAAUAUCUCACAUUCAUAUUUCAUAGACAACUAUAUUUAGUUUGGAAGAACUAGAAAGUGUCUUAUCAAUUAUAUAAAUUCUUUGGAUAUUUCAUGCUAACCCCAUAUUUUGAAAUGCUCAACUUUUCUAGCUUUGCAUCAAUGAUGUAUGCAUUAAUAGGAAUCAUCCUCAUAUCCAUCAUGAUAAUAUUACUAAUUGGAUACACUAAUAUUAAUAAGCUAAAUUCAUCAUAUACUUGGCCUGUUUAUGUUCUCAAAUUGAUUUUCAUCUUAUUUACUACUAUACUAUAUUUACCAAUCCUUGAUCUUUUUUUUUAAAUGCUCAAUUGCCGCUAUGAUGAUAACAAUUAACUCAUCAAUGUACUAUUUGAUUCCAUUUGUUGGUAAGGUUCCCAUGUUAUUCAUGCUAUUGUGGCUAUACUUGGAAUCAUAGUAUUCAUCAUUAUUACAAUGACUUUUAAUUUACUUUAUUUUGAACCAAGAUAUAAUCAUAAGGAUGAAUUAUCCAGAAUUUCUGGAAGAUCAAAAGCUGUUAAAUGUUUUAUCUUUCUCAUUUUUGAAAUCUCCUUUACAUAUAUAGAUUUAAAUGAAUUUGAUUAUGUUGCUAUUUAUAUCCUAUUAAUUGGAUCAUUUAUCACUUUUUAUAAAUUUCAUUUCGAAUAACCAUUCAAUCAUGUAUUUAUUUAGAAAAUCUCAUCUAUAUAUGCAGCCCUUAUGUUAUGGAGUGCGUUGUUGAUGUGUUUUUCAUAUUAUUUAGAGGAUACCAUAUUUCAUGGAAUUAUUUAUUCUUGGUUUGUUGGAAUACCUCUUAUUAUAUUUGCUAUCUAUAAAAAAGAAAAGUAUCUUUAUGAUCUAUUAUUAAUGAAUAUCAAUAAAGCAGAAGAUCCCAAUUAAAUCAUACUAUUAACUAAUUAUAUCUAAAAAUUAUUAUCAAGAUAUUAAACCAAUUAACAUUUUCAUGUUAUGUUAGAUGCACUUAUUGAAGUACAUAAAAAUACUUGCUAAAAAGAAGAUUGUGUAUUUAGGAUUAAAAAACAAUUGAAUUAAAGAUUGGCAAAAUUAAAAGAUACAAAUUUAUCGUAGAGAGAUUACUAGAUACAAUUAUUACUUGGGGAGAUAUAUUCCGGAUAUAUUAGAAGACAUUAGCAUAACGUAAGAUUAAGAAUAAAUUAUGCCUUUUACUUACUUGAUUUUUAAAAAUAAAAAUAACAAUCUUUAAAUGAAUUUAAUUAAAUAGAAUUAUUAUCACCCAGCUUGGAUAAUGAAUUUAUAAUUUUUAGAUAUAAGAGGAUAAUUGAAGAUGAAAUGAACAUAUCAUAAAAUGAAACUCUAAAUGGUAAUUUAGAUGUAGCAACAGAAAUAGCAUUUUAAAAUAAUAUGAGAAGUUUUUAAAAUAAAAUAGAAAGAGCAACAUUAAUGCAUAUGGAUUUUUGGUCUUAAUUAUAAGAAGAUUCACCUGAUUUAGGUAAAAUGAAUGAAAUUGGAUCGAAAAUUAAUUAAGCAAUUAUUUAAGUUGAAGAAUUAUGGAAUAAAAUGUAAAAAAUGACUUAAAAUUUACCUAAAGCUAUGAGAUUAUAUGCUAAAUUUAUUAUUGAAGUACUUUAAGAUAAAGAUUAUGGAGAAUCAUUAUUAGAUAAAUCUAAAUUAUUAUAAACUUAAAAUAAUAAAAUGAAAAAUAAAUAAAGUAUAUAGGUGUUUAGUAAUGAUGAUAUUAAUUUUGAACCAUUACCUACUUUAUUAGUGUCCACAUCACCUGAUAAAUUUACAUAAAUUUCUAAUUUAAAUUUAAGUGUUUGUAAUUUAUUAGGAUAUCAUAAGACAGAAUUGAUAAAUAGGAAAAUAAAUUUAUUGAUUCCAUAAAUAUUUGCUAAGUUUCAUGAUAAUUAUAUUGAAAUGUUCUUGUAAAGUAAUGAUUAAUCAAAGAUUGCAAAAGAAAGAUUAGUCUAUAUUAAAUUAAAGUCAGGUUACAUUAUGCCUUGUUAUAUAUGUAUGAAAGCAAUAUAAUCAUUUGAUGAAAAUAUUGUAAUUGUAGCUUAAUUUAGAACAUUACGUACCUUCAAAAUUGGAUGUUAUCUAAUUCUUAAUAGCGAUGAUGCAAUUGAAUGCAUUUCUUCAUCUUGUAUUUGCUGCUUAUUUAUAGAUUAAAAAAUAAUUAGCCAUAGAAAAAUCUACUUUCAUGAGUUAUUUCCAGACUAUAACAGGAAUGACUAUUUAAAUAAGACAGGUUGUGUAAUAAGUUUGAACUUACAAUCCAAUCUAGUUUCAAAUUCAAAUUAUCUUUAAUAUUAUAUUAAUGAAUUAGAAGAUCAGACAUAAAUUUUAUUUUAAAUAUAAGUUACUGAAAUUUCAAAUGAAUAUUAAGAUUAAAUUAUUGGAUAUGUAAUAAAAUUAGAGAGAGUGAGUAAUGAUUAGAGUUAAAUUUUGAGUCCUGAUUUAUAGCAAUAAUUAGUUGUACCAAAUUUAACUAUGAGCAAUUUUUAAUUUAAAUAUUUUGCUGCAAAGGCAUUAUAUCUUGGAGAAAAUCAAGAAGAUGGAAAUUCAGCUAGAGUUGAUUAAACAGUGAUUUGGGAGCAAUCAUCUAGAUUGAGUGAAGAAACUCAAGUUGAAAAGAAGGAAAAGGUAGAGGAUGUAAAAGUUGAAAGAAUUAAUUAUGGAGAAGGAAUAAGAACAUUAAAAUUAUUUGAUAAUAGAAUUUAAGAUAUUGAAGAUAUUCGAAUGAGCUUUACAGAUUAAGAUGAAGUCUAACAUUCAAGUGUAUUUUAGAAAAAUUAAGAUAAUCCAGAUGAGAUUGAACAAGGCCAAAGGAAUAAUGUAUUUAGAAAUAGGAAAGCUUUGAAUUCUACAAUAAAUGAUUAAUAAAGACCAAAAGAAAUAGUACUUUUAAGUUGUAUUAUAAAUAUUUUGAUGGUGGCUGUUCUAACAUUAUCAUUUACAUCAUAUUUUUUAGGGUUGUAUUUGUUUGAAAAUAUUCAAAACUCAUUAAAAUUAAUUUCAUAUGCAAGUUUAAGAAAUCAAGAAAGUACUCAAGUUGUGAUGAAUGUUUAGAAUUUAGAAAUGUUGAGGAUUGGAAUAUGGAAUUUGACAGAAACAGAAGCUAUCAUCUAUGAAAAUUAAUAAAGAAAUGAAUUAAAUAAUUCAAUUUUGGCAUUAACAGAUGCAAAUAAAAAAAUAAUGUUAAAUGAACUAUAUAUAAAUGAAUAAAUUGAAGAAUUACAUUCAAAGAGUGUUGUAAAUGUUAGAAUUUCAAAAAAUAGUUUUUCUUAUUAUGAUUUAAUUGAAGCCACUUAAUAAAUAAUUAGUAAGGCUCUUAUAAUUAGAGAUAAGCCUUUAUAAAAUUUGACAUUAGAUGAUGAAGAUGCCACUUUUAUUACUUAUAAUUUACAUAAUGGAAUUAUAUUCUCAUAUCGUAACGAGACAAGUUAAUACUCUAAUGGAAUACAAGACUUGGCAGAGAAUAAUAUUAAAAUAUUUUUUAUUUUUUUGAUAGUAGCUGCAAGUUCCUUUUUUAUAUUAUUGAUAAUGAUUAUAAUUCUUAUAAUAUAGAUAAAUUAGAUAUAAGAAUAAAUAUUGCAAUUAUUUAUGGAAAUUCCAGAAAAAACAAUUAAAUAUUUGUAUAACUAAAGUGAAAAUUUUAUCUCGAAUUUAUAAGUAGGUGAAGAAGAAGAAUUAUCUUCUGAUUUCAGUGAUGAAGAAUAAGAUGAACAUAAAGAACUCAGUAGAACUCUUAAAUCAAAGAGGAAGAAGAAGAUGUUUAAGAAUACAAAUUCAUAACACAGAACACAAAUACUUAUAAUUACAUUUAUUCUCUUUACUUUUUAAGGAUAUUUCUUAUUAAAUUAUUUUCUAAAUCAAGUUACUUAUACUAACUUGAAAUAGUAGAUACCUGAAUUAAAUGUUACAGCUAGAAGCGGAUCAUAUUAUAGAUUUGUUGAUAAUUGCGAAAGGUAACUAUUUCUAAAUAGAGAGGAACCAAUCCUUUAAGAAGACUCAUACUCUAUUGUAAUGAAUAAUAUACAAUUAAACUAUGAAGUCGACUCUGAUUUACAUUAAGAACAUGCAAAGAACUCGGAAAUAAUGAAUUAAAAUUAUUAUGACACUUUUUAAUAAAUUUUCAUGUUGAAUCCUUGUGAAACAUUUGCAAAUAAAGGAUUUACAUAACUUGAAUAUUGUGAAACAUUUGCAAAUGGAUCUAUUUCUUAAGGUAUGGCAGUAGCAAUAGCAAGAUAUUUUGAGAACAUAAGGUACAUCAUGACAAUUUAUGACAUGUUUUAUGGAUAUCCUGAGGUUAAUUUCAGUAUUGUUGCCAGAGGUUGGGGUAGAUUUCGAAAUAUCACUAAUAACUCUGACAAUGUUACUAAUUAUAUCUAUAAUUUGAAUAAUUUCAAACAGACUACAGAAUCACGUAUUAUGCAAAAUAUAUUUUUAAAAGGUAUAAAAAUUUGAAAUUUUUAAUUAGCUGCUUUUCGAUUUUUAUUAGAUGAAUUUUUGGCUGCUUUGAAAUAUGACAUUGAAGUAACUCAAACUUAAUUAUUGGCAAUAUUUAUCGUUUUUGAAGUGCUGAUAUUUUUUGUGUAUUUCAUAGUUUGGUUACCAGCUUAGAUGAAAAUGACAAGAGACAUUUGGAGAACCAAAGGAUUGAUCUUGAUGAUUCCAUUACGUGUAAUAUAGAAGGUUAAAAAAAUUAAAUCCUUUAUUGGCGUUUUGGUUCACAGCUAAGAUAAGUGA